UAUACAGUGUGAACAGGAAUGGAGCCAGGACUGUUCCUUGUGGAGCCCCUGCACUGCUCAUUAAUGUCCCACAAACACAGUUCCCCAGCCUGAAAAACUGUGGCCUUCCUGUCAGUUGAUCUAUGAUCCAAGAAACACGGGAAGGAUCCACUCCCAUCUCAGUGAGCUUGUCUUUGAGUAUGGUAGGUUGGAUGGAGUUGAAUGCAUUUGAAAAAUCAAAAAACAUGAUUCUCACAUAAAUGCCAGGUUCAGAUGAGACAGGGCAUGGUGAAGUAUGAAGAGGAUGGCAUCAUCCAUUCCAAUGUGUUCUUUGUAUGCAAACUGCAGGGAAUGGAGUUUGUCUUUGACAUCAAGCCUCAGUAGGCGUAGAAUCAGCCGCUCCAGAGUUUUCAUGAUGUGUCAAGUAAGGGCAAUAGAUCUGUAGUCAGGUUGAAGAUCCCGUGGAGAGGUUGACACAGUUGCGCAGCAGAGUCUUUAAGCAGCCUUGGACACAUGUUAGAAAAGCCUGAAAAAGUGUAUUUUACAUAAUAUGUGACCCCCCCAAUGUCCUUUAAAUAGGUAGAUACAGACCAUUAACAUACUCUCCAGUCUUUAAUGAUGACCUGGCGGCUGGACUCCUUUUGAGCUGCUUGUGUUGAGUCUGUUUCAAGGGGAUUUUAAUGUACAUGUAGAGAAUGCUAAAAAAGCUUUGUCUUUAUCAGGAAACAGAGUGAUAUUUCCCUCACGAGUGCCUGACCAAACCUCUUUUUAUUGAAUGUUAAUGCACAAAUAGGCUUUGUUAAAUUUGCACUUUUCUAGAAUUGGACUCUGUACAUGAAAAUGAAAAUAGCACCAAACCACUGGAGAACAUCUUUUAUGGUGAUAGUUUUAUUCCCUGCACCUAAUGUUGGACUUUAAUCCUGAGACACAAUAAAAAGGGCAGAAACUCUUCAACAGCGUCAAAGGAUCACUCACCCUUCUACUGUCUAGGGUUGCCAUGGCCCUGUGCUGGACUGAGUGGAUGACUGCUUUGCUAGAAGAUCACAUUUACUGAACUUGGUUUGAAGCUGCACUGACCCUCGAGUGCACAGCCAGCUUUGGUGAAAAAGACAUCACCUGAAAGGUAGAUCGUUUCCUUUCCAUACAGAGAAAACAAGUUAGUGUCAUGUAAAAAACAAUAAAUCAAAAAGAAAUCAAAGCUUGGUAAGACUUAAAAGUUCAGGUUUGAGUGUCAAAGUGUCCAUCAUCAUUUUACUGUAUUUAAGUUAUUUUUAUUCAAAGCUACUAUGAGACUUUGUUGUUGAGAAAACUGAGUUCCAGAUUAAAGUGGAACUAUGUAAAGAUAUUUUAUUUUAUAAACUCUGAGGGGAAUUAGGGUCUUUUUUUAAACUGGAGUAGCAGAUUGGCUCUCAAGGUGAAUUCAUACAGAGGUCAUAUUUACAUGUCAAACACAAUAUUAUGCUAAUUCAGUGACUAAAGGAAGAACAUACAUUUUUGUAAUUGUAAGAGAUAAUACAGUAUAAUAUGAUAAAUCAUGUUAUAAAAUCCGACAUAAAAUAGAAAUAGAAAAAAGAAAUUACACAACAUCCAGGUUAGAGGUCUGGAGACCUCCAGAAUUAAGCAUGAAACACUUCUCUCCUGUAUUCUGAUUGAUUUAUGGAGCCAAUUUGUGCAUUUUCUUCAUCACUUUACAUUUAUGAUUUACUGUGUCCUCUUUUGUGUUGUAAAUUCUAUUGUAGUGUUCAUCAGGCAGAUUUUUUCUUUAUUUUGAAUGAUGAGCUAUAUUCACAUGUGGAUAUAUAUUUAUUGAAUCACAUAAAUGUCUCCACACCCUUCUUAUCUGUGUUCUAAUAGAUAGGUGGUCUUAUUCUGAGCCUAUCAGACCGUAUGGCUUUAGAGCAAAGGUAGAGUCAUUAAAGUUAUUUUAAGUGGCUCCAUGCCUUGCACAACGGUCAAAGUCCUGAAUGAAAAAUGGUCUUACUGUAUUUCUCUACAAUCCCUGUUAUUUUAAAUCAGAAUUCAAUCAUAAGAGUCAUUUGGUAUUGUUCGUUAAUCUGUUCACUAUACGCAGCCGGUCUUUUAUCAGCAGCUCCAACCUGAGAUGUUAAAGCUUUUACAACCAAUAAAAGUAAAGGUAUGAGGUUAAUCUCACACAUAGGAGAGGGGAAGUGGCUGGGGCCAUAACAAUUCAAGGUAAAAGAUGAACCAAACAGCCAUAUGAGCUGCUGUUCCCUUUUGUCCUCUUCAGACAGAUCAAUGGACUCUGAUGCCAAUUGUACAAUGGAGGUCGCGGCUCUCGGCCGACCUUUCAGCCUCGGGAUGUUGUACGACUGCCGCAAAGACUCACUCGUCCCUGGACUGACAUUGUGGGACCAUGAUGACCUGGUAAAACAUAUCAGAGAGCGACCUCAGAAACACAAUGAUUUUGAGAUUGUUACCUCAGAAUUAAUUGAAGAUAAAUCUUCAGCUCUCGAUGUUAAUGCAUCACUGAAGGCAAGUUUCUUGGGUGGACUUGUGCAGGUCAAUGGAUCAGCCAAAUACCUGAACAACAGUAAGACUUCCAAAAACCAAGCCAGGGUAACACUGAAGUACAAAGCAACUACAAAGGUCCAGGAACUGUCCAUGAAUCAUCUUGGAAGAGGAAAUGUGAAGCACCCAUAUGUCUUUGACAAAGGAUUAGCGACACACAUAGUCACAGGUAUCCUUUAUGGGGCCCAAGCCUUCUUUGUCUUUGACCGUGAGGUUUCUCAAAAUGAAAAUCAGCAAAACGUUGAGGGAAACCUGAAGUUGGUCAUAAAGAAAAUUCCCUUUCUUGCUAUUGAGGGUGAAGGUUCACUGAAAAUGGAGGAAAAGGACAGGGUAAAUGUUGAGAAAUUCUCCUGUAGUUUCAUUGGAGACUUUUCCCUUCAGAAAAUGCCCACAUCCUUUGAGGAUGCCAUACAGGUCUACCAAAGUCUGCCUUCUCUGCUGGGAGCCAAUGGAGAGAACUCAGUACCAAUGAAGGUGUGGCUGCUGCCACUGACAACUUUAGAUUCUUCCGCUGCUAAACUGGUUCGUCAGAUUAGUGUUAGUUUGGUGCAAGAAUCACAGAAAGUUCUGGAGGACUUCAUUGAGCUGGAAAUGAGGUGUAAUGAUGCUCUGAGAACCACCACGGCACAGCAGUUCCCACAGAUUGAAAAAAAGAUUAAAACAUUUAAAGAGAUGUGCUCUGAGUUCAAACUUGAGUUCCAACAAGCACUGGCAAAGAAACUUCCAUCAAUCCGAGGAGGAGGAGAAGAGGAGGCUGGGCUCGCAGAGAUCCUGAGUAAGAUACAUUCUUCUCCAUUCAGCAACAGAAACCUGAAUGAGUGGAUGAACUGUAAAAUCAGAGAAAUAAUGGCUUUAAAGCGUUUUACAAACAUGAUGAAAAACACAACGGUUGUUUCUGCCCAACAUGCUGAUGAGGAAAUUUUUAGCUCAGACCACUGUGUCUGUUUUGUUUUCACCUCUUUGGGAGUGGAUGAACCGUUCCUCUCAGUUUUAUCAAACUACUUAAGACAAAAACCAGAAUCAGAAAACCCUGGAGAUCCUCGUACUCAUGAUGUAGAGAGGGAACAGUGGUACUCUUCAAAAGAAGUGGUAGAUUCACUGAGGACAAAAGCAAAGCUCUUCAGUGACUUUGCAGAGGCCAACCAGGAGAACGUGAACAUGAAGUUCCUGACAGUCGGAAUGACAAAUCAGACACAGAAAGGUUCAAGUGUCUACCUUUAUAAAGACGGCUUUCCUGUCACUGAGGACUUUGAGCCGCCGUCAAAGCCUGAAACAUUCACAGAUAGUGAUGUGAACCACAACAGUGUGAAACUGAAGUUUGAUCCACCAAAGUUUGGAUCAGAGAACAUCACCUCCUACUCUGUUGAGUACUGUGUCAGUGGAGAGGAAGGAUGGAAACAACAGACAGCAGAGAAAUCUGGAGAAAUCACAGUGGCUGAUCUGAGUCCAAACACAGAGUACAUGUUCAGGUGCAGAGCAGUGACCGAUGUGGGUGUUGGACCAGCCAAUCAAAUCAGCAGUCCCAUUAAAACCUUACCAUGCAGCCCUCCAGGAAAACCACAAGUUCAGUCAAACUCAACUGAGGUAUCAGUCAGCUGGGAGAAACCUGCUGAGAUUGGAAAAGAUGUCCACAAUUUGAGCUACAUCAUGGAGUACACCAAAACAGACACAGAGGAGGAUCUCCAGUGGAACCAAAAGAAAACAGGAGCUGAGGAGAUGAUCAUCUCAGGGCUUCAGCCAGAGACAGAAUAUGCCCUCAGGGUCAGAAGUGAUUGUGGUGCAGCUGGAAGAAGCAAGGAGAGUGUCACUGUGAAAGUCUCCACUACCGAAUACAAUCAUCUCACUGAACAAUUCAAACAGAGAAGUACAAGGAUUAACAAUACCUCACCCUCAGUUUACAAACUGACUCUGGAAAAACAAAGAAUGAGUAUUAAAGGAUGUCGAUGGUUUAACUUGGGCAAAGAGAGCAUGAAGCCAAAUCUCACCAUAAUGCUUAUGGGAGCAACCAGAUCAGGAAAGUCCACUCUGAUCGAUGGAAUGAUCAACUACAUUGUUGGUGUGAACUGGAAGGAUGAUUUCAGAUUUAAAAUGAUUGAAGAGAAUGAGUCCAGAUCACAGUCUGAAAGCCAGACCUCUGAGGUCACCGUGUACAAAGUCAAUCACCAGGAAGGCUUUAGAAUAGAUCACUCUCUGACCAUUGUUGACGCUCCAGAUUUUGGAGACACAAGAGACAUAGAGAGAGACAGAGAGAUCAGAGAAAUGCUGAGGAAUCUCUUCUCUGAAAGUUCUGGUCUCAGUGACAUUCAUGCUGUGUGUUUGGUAGUUCAGUCCUCUUUAGCUCAACUCACACCAACAGAGGAACAUGUGUUUCACUCUGUCCUUUCGAUCUUUGGUAAAGACAUCACAGAAAACCUCAGGGUUCUGGUGACAUUCGCUGAUGGCCAGGUACCACCUGUUCUCAAAGUGAUCAAUGAUUCAGGAGUCCCAUGUCCAAAAACAGAAGAUGGACAGCCAGUUCACUUCAAAUUCAACAAUUCAGCUUUGUUUGCUGACAACACAUCCUCCGCAGAUGGCAUGAACUUUGAUGAGAUGUUUUGGAACAUGGGGACAGGAAGCAUGGAGAGAUUCUUUGUUGCUUUAAAUCUCAUUGAUGCUAAAAGCUUGACAAUGACAGAGGAGGUCCUCAGAGAAAGACAACAGCUGGAGAAUCCAGUCGAAAAGUUGCAGGAGCAGGUCAAAAUUAGUUUGGCCAAACUGGAGGAGAUUAAAGAGACGGAGGAAAAACUGAAAGAGUUUGAGGCAGAGAUCAAGAGAAAUGAGAACUUUGAGAUUGAAGUCACUGUCACAAAGCCUGUUCAGGUAGAACUUACUAAGGCAGGAAGUUACUUCUUCAACUGUCAGCAGUGUCAUUUCACCUGCCAUGAUAACCGUCCUUCUAAAGAUGACAAAAACAAAAUCAGAUGUUCUGUAAUCAGAUCAGACGGCUACUGCACUGUGUGUCCGGGUAAAUGUUUCUGGAAUGUGCAUUUUAAUCAGGCUUACAAAUGGGAGUACAAACAGGUCAAGGUAAAACAAACUAUAGCAGAGCUGAAAAAGAAGUAUGACAUCGCUAAAAAAGACAAGUCACCCAUUGAAGCACUGUUUGGAAAACUGAGGGCUGAAUAUGAGUCUGUGAAGACCACUGUGAAGGAUCUUAUCAGGAGUUCUGAUCAGUGUCCAACCAGACUCAGGGAGAUCUCACUGAAACCAGAUCCUCUCUCCACUACAGAGUACAUUGACAUGCUCAUUGAAGGAGAGAAAUCUGAGGCCAAACCAGGCUGGAAGAAACGAGUUCAGUCCCUGAUGGACUUAAGAGAACGAGCAGAGCUCAUGGCUAAGGUUGGCAAAGGAGAGGCACCCCACAGUAGUCUAGCCUAAGGGUUUAGGUUCUGAUCAGGGUCCUGCAGACAACAGUACAGAUUAUAGAAGGGCCUUAACCGACCACAGCAACUCUGGAACUACAACCAAGAAACCAAGACCUAACUGAUACCAACAUUUGGAAUCAAGGAUAACACGGCACCUAAGAAACUACUGAUGGUGUCUGACUGAUAGACAAAGAUGAAGGACUGAUUCAGUCUGAAAACCAAUCACACAGUGAUUCUCCAGAACUGAUUCUUCACUCUGGAAGACCAAGAUUAAAAGUUAAAAAACUGAGGAUGUCACAAUUUUAAAAAUGUAUGCAUUAAAGGAUGGAUCUCUGAGAUUUCUUUUGUACUAAAACUAUCUACAUCUUUAAUUUAGAAUGAAGGAAAACAGAUCAAACAUGUUCUGUUGAUCCUUAUGGAUCGACUUUAACCCAAUAUUUGUUUUUCAAACCUACAGUUCAGCUAGUGUUCAUUGUGCAGUGUCUUAAAACAAAAUUUUUAAAUCUCAGCUUUUCUUUUAUUUUGUGUGGGUUUUUUCUUCCCUUUACUUCCAUUACAUUUACACUGAGUUAUCUGCUGUUGGAUUUUAUUUUUUUAAUUUAACAUGAAGUUUCUUUUUGUUGUUUGUUUGUUUUGGAGAUUUAUUGACAUGAAACCAAUCUUACUCCUCAUUUUUGUGUGAAUUAUCUUUUAUCUUACUCUCAUGUUAUCAUGUAAAACCUCCCUCUUAUAAACAGGGAAAUCAUUGAAUUAUCAAUAA